CUGAACAAUCCAGUGCCGUUCAAGGCCAAAUCAUGUGUUCAUCAAGGACUGGACUGGACAGUUCUCUUUUGCUGGGUUUCAGACACAAUUGCUGCAAUACUGUUACUUGCAGUUAAACAUCGCCAUCAAUCCAUCUUACAGGGAUGACUAUUUCUGAAAAUAGUUGAUUCUUUGCGCAGAUGCGAAGAUUGAGUACAUGGUCUUCUUAUGACGCUCUUCUCUUAUGACCUUGCUUCAGCUAUCAGCAGAGAAGCAACAAAUCAUGGAAAAAGUCUGUCAGACUGUCACUAACAUAUAUCGAUUAUCAGUUACAGAAACAUACAUUGCUUUUAAUGGAGAAAACACUCCUUCAAAACAGUCCCAUGUUCUUCUUCCCAGCUGUGCCUCUGUCUAGAAUUUGUUACUUGUCACCAGCAGAAAGGACAUUACAUUUCAUAGCAUGAAGCAACUUCAUCUGUGAACCUAAUUAUGCUGCUGUCGGCACAUCUUCAUGCCUGAAUUUUGCAAACAUUUUGUUUUCUCAAUUUCUGUUGUGUCUGUCCUUUUACAUCAUGAUCCUGAAGAAGUGAGUGAGAGAAGAGUUUGAAGCGUGGACGGUACAGGAACACAUUGGCAUCAGCAGAUAUCUUCACCAGCUAAGCUCUUUGUCGAUCCAACAACCUUCUUAUGUCACCCUGUCCAGCCCCAGGCCAAAUUACAUGCAUACCCCUUCCCAGAUCAUGAAGCCCUUCUGUGUUCCUCUUCUUUAAAACGCAUGCCAUUUGUGUCAUUGGACUGCCUGACUCAUGAGAAAGAUGCACCAACAUUGGCCUUGCUCAUCAGAAUUGCAACUUGUUUAAUUAGGCAUUGGACAGGACAACAGCAUAUGCAUUGUGUAAUCAAGUAUGAUAAUUUCAUAAGUAAUAACAUUGAGCAUGCAGUUGCAUGUCUCUGAAGACAAUACACCCCUAACUGGCCCUGUUUCAUGAGGAGCUUACAGAGACAAGCAGGGAUGGCUCCCUCUAUAUAUGUUAAAGUGAUGAUGCAACAGCCCUGUCUGCAGUUGAGAAUUUGAGAUGAUUCUUCAGUUACCAAUUGCUUUCAGCUGAUAUAUACACCGAUCGAUCGAUCGCCGGGGAGCGAAGCCCGCAGAAAGCAACAUGGAUGCAUCCAUCCAUGGCUGAUUGCAGAGAUUCAGAGCUGCAGCUGCACACUCAUUGACUGAAUCUUCCUAGGACAAACUGAUAGCUGACCAUGGGAGGAGGAGAGCAUCAGCUGGAGCACCACAGCAUCGUCAGCUCUGCUGCUGCUGCUGCUGCUGCUGCCGUUCAUGGCCAUGGCGGUGGCGGCGGCACGGUGGAGGCGGCGCUGAGGCCGCUCGUGGGCGCCGACGGCUGGGAUUACUGCAUCUACUGGCGCCUCUCCCCUGACCAGAGGUUCUUGGAGAUGACGGGGUUCUGCUGCAGCGGCGAGUUCGAGGCGCUCGGCGACCUGCCUUCCUCCAUCCCGCUCGACUCCUCCUCCAUCGGGAUGCACGCGCAGGCGCUGCUGUCGAACCAGCCAAUCUGGCAGAGCUGCUCCGGCGACAUGGCGCCGCAGGUGCAGGAUACUGCCGGCGGCGAGAAGACGCGGCUCCUCGUCCCCGUCGCCGGCGGCCUCGUGGAGCUCUUCGCCUCCAGAUACAUGGCGGAGGAGCAGGAGAUGGCGGAGCUGGUGAUGGCGCAGUGCGGCGGCGGCCAUGGCUGGCAGCUUCAGCAGCAGCAGCCGGCUAUGGCGGCGGCGGAGGAGGAGCAGUUCUACGCGGCGACGUCGGUGGCGUCGCUCAACCUGUUCGACGGCGGCGGCGGCGGCGCCGGCGGAGACGACCAGUUCCUGGCUGCCGGCGCCGGGGAAGACGACGGUGGCGCUGCGGCGUGGGGGGUCGCGGCCGGGACUAGCAGCGAGGCGGCGCACGAGCAGCAGCAGCUGUACUCCGGCGGUGCGGCGGCGGCGGCCCGGGCGGAGUCCGGGUCGGAGGGCAGCGAGCUGCAGGGCGACGACGACGACGUGGACGGCGGGGUCCAGAGGAAGGACGGCGGCCAUGGCGGCGGCGGCGGCAAGCGGCAGCAGUGCAAGAACCUGAUGGCCGAGCGCAAGCGCCGCAAGAAGCUCAACGACCGCCUCUACAAGCUCCGCUCCCUCGUCCCCAACAUCACCAAGAUGGACCGGGCAUCGAUCCUGGGGGACGCGAUCGACUACAUCGUGGGGCUGCAGAAGCAGGUCAAGGAUCUCCAGGACGAGCUCGAGGAAGAAGACAACCCAAAUAACCCCGACGUGCUCACCAUGGACGACCACCCGCCGCCGGGGCUCGACAACGACGAGGCCUCACCCCCGCCGCCGCAGAAGCGUGCCCGGGCGCCGGCGGCGGAUCCGGAGGAGGAGGAGGAGAAGGGAGAGCAGGAGGAGCAGGAGCAGGACAUGGAGCCGCAGGUGGAGGUCCGGCAGGUGGGCGGCGGCGGGGAGGAGUUCUUCCUGCAGGUGCUCUGCUCGCACAAGCCCGGCCGCUUCGUGCGCAUCAUGGACGAGAUCGCCGCCCUGGGCCUACAGGUCACCAACGUCAACGUCACCUCCUACAACAAGCUCGUCCUCAACGUCUUCCGCGCCGUCAUGAGGGAGAACGAGGCGGCGGUGCCGGCGGACAGGGUGAGGGACUCGCUGCUGGAGGUGACCAGGGAGAUGUACGGCGCUGGCGGCGUGUGGCCGGCGGCGAUGGCGCCGCUGCCGGCGAUGGAGGCGCCGAUGAUGGUGAUGGCGGCCGAGGCGAAGCUCGACGGCGGCGGCGAAGCGGGGGAGCACCAUUACCAGCUGCAGCAGCAGCAAUUGCUUGGCGGGUAUCACCAGCAGCAGCAUCUGUACUACCUCGGUCUCGAUUAAACUGUCACUGUAUUUAUACUGCCAAGGAUCCUUUGAUUCAUAAGAUUGUAAAAGCACGGGACUAAGAAAAAAAAAGUAAAAUGGAGGAUAAAAAAAGAUUUUUUCAGGGUAAUCGAGGAAUAAGUUCGCUAGCCCAAGUGAUGAAAA